UACUAAACUUGACAAAGCUACUGAAAAACAGUCACCUCAUCGUCUAUUUCACCGGUAUAAUAAUUCCAUUAUGAGCACAAACACAAUGAGCACAGGCUUCUUCUUUUUUUUUCAGCUGUAAAGAAUAAUAAGACUUUUUUUGCCAGGUAGUACUGAAAAAUCUAAGCUCCACCCAGUUUCAUCGUCACAUAAAACACAGGGGCACAGCUCUAGAGAGCUUCUCGAGUAAGACCACCCUCCUCUCUGGAGAUUAUUCCCAACCUGAACUCGGCCACAACAGCAGAGCUUCAAUUCACCUCCGGCACUAUUUUACAUAAAGCCUUUUUCCCGUCAGUUGGCAAGUCUGAACUCUUUCACGACCCAAACACAAUGCGUCCUCUGAAUGACAGUGACUUUGUGGAUGCGGAGGACGUGGCGAGAGAUGAGAUUCUGGCCAAGUUGGAGAUCGCGCUGCUCGGUGUCAUCUUCGUCAGCGCCGCCUUCCUCAACACCGCCCUGCUGCUCGUCCUUUGGAGACAACGCAAACAGAUGUCAAGGAUGCGCGUCUUCGUCUUCCACCUGUGCCUGGCGGAUCUGGUGGUCGCUUUCUUCCAGGUGUGCCCGCAGCUCAUAUGGGUCAUCACGGACAGAUUCGUCGGACCAGACCUGGUGUGCCGCCUAGUGAAGUACCUGCAAGUUCUCGGCAUGUUCUCAUCGACAUACAUGAUCGUGGUGAUGACAGUUGACAGAUACCAAGCUGUCUGCAACCCGAUGGUGAAGUUCCAGCGGAGACGCACAAGACUGAACAUCCCUGUGUGCAUCGCUUGGGGGAUUUCUCUGCUGGGCAGCUUGCCACAGGUUAUUAUUUUCUCCCAGGUCGAGGUAGCACCCGGUGUGUUCGACUGCUGGGCUAAAUUUAUCCAACCAUGGGGGCUGCAGACUUACAUAACCUGGACCACGCUGGUCAUUUUUGUUUUACCUGUUAUUACAGUUGUUGUUUGUCAAGUGCGCAUCUACCGAGCCAUCCAGAUCAACCUUUCCCAAAAGAUUCAACAGCAGGGCAGCGUGGGUCUCCCACUGCCAUCCAGAGCCAGCGGUGUGGCCGGCAUGUCCAAGGCCAGGGUGAAGACGCUGAAGGUGACGGUGGUUAUCGUGUUGGCUUAUAUUGUCUGCUGGGCUCCCUUCUUCACUGUCCAGCUCUGGUCCGCCUGGGACGCACAUGCGCCAAAAGAAACUGCGACUUUCACCAUCCUGAUGUUGCUGGCCAGUAUAAACAGCUGCGCGAAUCCCUGCAUUUACCUUCUGUUCAGCGGUCAGUUUCCCAAGAGGCUGGUGACACUCCUGUGCCAGCGGCAGUCAGACGGUAAGGAUUCAAUGCAUGACGAGGCGACGCUGGAAAGCACGAUGUACACGAGCUUCAAAAAUGUCUCUGAGUCCAAAUGAGGACAACGCGUUAGAAUCUGGAAACGGAAAAAGCCUGUAGGGAUAAAAGCUGUGCGAAGUCUGUGCGCCUCGCGAAGCUGCCUCUGCGCUCUCUCUGCAUUUGAACGACAGAUUCUUCUGAACAGGAGUUAUGGAGAUAAGAGAUACUGUAUCUAUCUGGGUCUUUGACAAGUGAAAAUAUGUCAUAGAAGCAUUCAUCAAAAGCAAACCUGAAAUGACUGGCCAUGAAUGUGAACUGCGCUCCAGAUGAUGUUGGAUGGUGUUUUGUUGGGCUGUUGGGAAAGUAAAGAAUCAGUAUCGACCGGAAACAACUGGCGUGGAUCAUGUCAUCACAUUGUUAUGACUGUGACAGUUUUGAUGUGAUAUAAACAUAUUCCUCACAUUUAAUAGAAGCUGGAUUUGGACUCCAGGAACACUUUUCAGACAGAUUCAAAAAUUGAAUUUCAGAUAAUGCUGUUAUGGUUAAAGAAGAACCUAUGAAUUCAGUUGUAUUGUUUUGUGUUGUCCGUCAAAGAAAAUGUUAUUUUAUGUGAUUUUGAGCAAAAUGACAGUAAUUAUACUACAGUAUUAUACCACAUCACCUUUGAGCUGAGCUCAGAGACCUUAAGUGAUAAGAUAUAGCCUUAUGUAUCUUGAGAAAGUUAUUACAAAGAGUGAAAGCAAGAACAACUGUGUUUAAAUGAAUAUAACAAAGAAAUAGUCACAUUGUUUAAAAAAUGAAAUGCAGUAUGUGCCUGUGUCCAAAAAGCUGUUGUAACAUCAUAAUAUGUAUUUAAAGAUUGUGAAAUACAUUUGUCACUUCUAUAAAUGUUCUCUGUGGUGAAUAACUAUUUUAAAAUCACAUACCGAGUGACUGUAUUCGUAAAGUAUUGUUCAGGCUAUAACAACCUACUACAGAAAGCAAGUGUGGAAUAAAGUCAUAUUCUUACAA